CAAUCCAGGUAGUUCAUGUUAUCUAUGUACUGUACUAUGAGUCAGCAUUUGAAGCACAGCAUCUGCCACUGUGUCAUCUCCUCAGGUGCUGUCAAAAAGAUAAAAGAAUCAAUCAGAAAUUCUCAGAACAUGUUACCUAGAGUAGCACCACAAACAGUCCAGAUGGGCCUUGCUGCCCCAAUGUCGAAUUCCACUCAGAAGGACACUGAGCUCUAAUAGCAAUCCAAAUAUUAAAAAGUCUUUCAGAUCAUGGAGUCUGAAGGCCAGCUGUGUGCAGUGCAGUUAGUCAUGUCAAGGUAUCAGAGGGUGUCGGAGCCGCCGGCAGUCGCCGAGGGCGGCUCGGGCGGCCCGCCGCCGCCGCCGCCGCCCGCCGAGGUGCCGGUCGAGCCGCCGCCGCCCUAUGAGGCGGCGCAGGCGGCCGGGGGCGCGCCGCUGCCGCCCCCGCCCCCGCCGCCGCCCUCCCCGCCGCGCACUGCCGACAAGGCGGUGCGCUUCGAGCUGCCGCCGGCGUACGACGCGGUGACGAACCCGGCCAAACUGCCCAGCUACGACGAGGUGCAGCAGGAGAAGGCGCGCGAGGGCGGCCCGCUGCCGCCGUCUGACCCGCUGGCCGAUGAGCUGGAUGAUGAGCGCGCCGGCGCGCUGCACCUGUGGCGCAUCUCGUCGGUGGGCCUGGACCCGGAGGCGGCGGCGCUGCACGACCAGCAACUGCUCGGCACCGACCUCAUGUUCUUCACCGCAUUCCUCGCGGCGUUCCUGUUCAACUGGAUCGGCUUCCUGCUGCUGCUCUGUUUCUGCCACUCGGUGGCCGGCCGGUACGGCGCGCUGGCCGGCUUCGGCCUCUCGCUGGCCAAGUGGACCCUGAUCGUCAAGAACUCGACCACGCUCGUCUCACACGACAACUCCUGGCUCUGGUGGCUCAUCAUGGCGUUCGGUCUGGUCAUCUCGGUGCGCGCCAUCCUGCAGUACCUGUACAUCAAGCGCGAGUGGCGCCAGCUGCCCACCUCGGCCCGCCAGAGGCUCAUCUUCUUCUACUAGGCGCCCCCGGCAGGCGGUCGGCAGUGUUUCGCCGCUCGGCAGGCGGCCGGAGGGUGAGGAUUAGUCCGGCAGGUGGCGCUGUAGCACCCACCGGCCGGGAGCCGCGCUGCCGCGGACGAGCCGCCGGCCGCACCAGAUCCACUUAUAUAGCGCGCCGCGUCUGUGAUCUAACGUCUGGUCGGCAGCCACUGCGCGCGCCAGCUAGCCGCGGCUCUAUUUAGCCCCUGCGCGGUCCGUGCACAGUUCGGUGUAGCCUUGGGCCUGUCCCGUGUGUCAGCGGGAGCCGGGGGACAGGCGCUGGGGGCACCACUCGCUGCGUGUCGGUAGUCACCCGCUGAGCGCACUCCUUGGGGUCGCCUGUCCCUCCCAGUGCUGGUCAAAAGGCUGGACUGUGUAGUGGCCGGGGCCGCGGGUUAGGGGCGGCCCGGGGCCUGUAUACUGCCCCCGGGCCGCGGGUUAGGGGCGGCCCGGGGCCUGUAUACUGCCCCGGGUCGCGGGUAGGGUCGGGCCGGGUAGUUUACGUCGCUGACUGUUCGGUGUGAUUGUGUUUAGGGGUUUAGGGCCGGCUGGUCGCCGCUAACACGGGGCUCGCGUCACACCACGUUCCAGAGCCCGAUUCCAGCCGCAGCGGUAGUCAGUCCGAGCUGCAAUCGAGUCGGGGCGUCCUGUACCGCCGGCACCGACUGUGCUUUCCAUAGGCCGUGCGCGCGGAAUUUUCAGAGGAGCUGAGCUUGCCAGCAGAACGGAUAGAUGGGCGCUGGAGAAUCGGACUUAGAUGAUGCGGGAUUUUAGAACGAGUCUAGUGGGUAUACAAUCAGUUUAAUAUGAUGUUAUUUUUGCUCACAACCAACACUACUAUAGAUGUUUGUAUGGUAUAUAUUAUGGACGGAGUAGAUAACUUUGUGUUUGAAAUAAUUGACGGAUUUGUAAAGGUGGUCUCGUGGGCUGCGAAUAACACACUCAGAAAAAAUCAGAGUUCGAAACUUUAAAGGUAAAUCUGCUUAUGCUAGUUCAACGAUUUGGUAGUAUUUUGACAAUGUCAUCGUCACGUUUUAUGUGCAAUUUUAGUCCGGUUCAAAGGCUGCGGUGGUGAUGUGUCUCCCUGCCCUGCUGCAUUUCGUCUGGUGCUCGCUUUGACCAGCCAGAGUCGGAUCACUGAUGUAGGUUUUGACUUGCUGUUUCACUCCGGCCUCCGCCAUUCUGAGAUGUUUUUACUCGGUCGUACAGACGUGUUAUCGCCCUGUGGCGGCGUCUUCCUUCGGUUUCUCCCGUUUUUGUGCGCUAUAUUGUGGCGAUAUGCGCCACCGUCACCGCUCUGCUCGCCCUUCUGAGGCUGGAGAGAGCACCAUCGUCGUCGCACCAUGCUAGCCUACCACCACCCGAGUCGCAUCGGUGUCCUAGAUAAGGCGUAUCUUAGUCGGAAAAUACACACGGAAACGGG